AUGGAGAUCGAUCAAACAGAAAAUUUAAUCAAUUGCGUGUUUGCGAAAAGGCCCUUGUGGGACAAAACCACUAAGUUCUACCGGAACCGGAUAGAAAUAGAGAAGCUGUGGAGGACGGUGGCUACUGAGCUAGGAGGAGACACAACAUCUGAUUCGGCGAAGAAAAAGUGGAAAAAUCUCCGUGACACUUUUUCGAAGGAAUUGCGGAAGAUACCGGAAUCAAGGUCAGGUGACGCUUCCAGGUUGAACUUCGAAGCGUAUACCACCUGGCCUUGUUUCGAGUCGAUGGUGUUCCUUCGACAUCAGCUGAAACCCCGAAAGUCCGGCGGGAACCUUUCAAGAGCUUCGGGAGAAUCUAGUAAUCCUGUUGACGGAGACGACGUGGAGUUUAUGGAAGAAAGCUUGGACGAAAGUGUUCCAUAUCCGGAAGCUUCGGGAUCUUCAAAACAUACCGUUCGGAACGAGGAAAGAAUAGCAGCUAGUCGAUAUUGA